UCACAUUCAUUCUACACAUCAACUGGACAUCUCAAAAAUCUGCAACGUUAUUUGGAAGCAGAAAUGGCAAGACGAAGCGGUCGCCUCCAAUCCAAAUCUGAAAUUCUAACGCCACAGUCAAGGAAACUGAACAAAACGAAGAGAGAGCAAUGUUACAAAAAGAAAAAAACAAGUUCCAAGAGACAAAGUGGUGAUACGGAGAAUCAAUGGGUAGAAGAGGACACCUGCACUGACACCCCAAUGAUUGGGAUUGAAACCUUAAGUGAUCGUACACUGCCCUCACCUCUUCCUGCUCUCAGCUGGGGUUGUUCAGAGGAUGUGUGGGUGAAGAUGUUGAGUAAAGACCUGAAGUACCAGCACAACAAGAGCCUGACCGAGCGACACCCUAGUAUACUGCCAAAGAUGAGGUCCCUCCUGCUGGACUGGCUCAUGGAGGUUUGCGAAGCAUAUUUGCUCCAUCGCCAGACCUUCUACCUAGCGCAGGACUUCUUUGACCGGUACAUGCUGACCCAAGAAGGCGUCGACAAGAACCGCCUCCAGCUCACAGGCAUAACCGCCCUCUUCAUCGCCUGUAAAAUAGAGGAAAUAAAUCCACCAAAGCUCCUGGAGUUGGCCUACGUCACAGAUGGGGCUUGUUUUGAGGAGGAAAUCCUCACGAUGGAGCUCAUUAUGCUCAAGGCCUUAAACUGGGACCUGUGCCCUGAGACGGUGAUCUCCUGGAUGAAGCUCUACCUCCAGAUGGCAUUUCUAUACGACCAAACCAACCUCCUUGUUCCGCAGUUCUCCAGUGAAACCUACGUACAGAUCACACAGCUCUUAGACCUGUGCAUCCUGGACGUCGCCGCUCUGGACUUCCAGUACGGACUGCUUGCUGCCGCUGUUCUAUGUCACUUUACCCCCGUAGAGGUCGUCCAGAGGGUCUCAGGCCUCACCUGGGAGAAGCUGCUGCCUUGUGUUGACUGGAUGGCCCCGUUCGUGGAGACGGUGGUCGGAUACACGAACGUUCCGCUCAAGCAGUUUGAGAAGGUUCCCGAGGAGGAUUGGCACAACAUCCAGACUCACGGCAACUACCUAAAGAUGCUGCACGAGGCGCAGCGGAGACCGUUCGAGAGCUCGUUCAUUCCCCUCACCCCACCCAGCAGCUCGGAGAAAACCGCUUCCUCAUCUUGAGACCAGGCACACCGAGCCUUCUGGGAAAACCGUUCUUCUGGGACCAAAAUAAGAGUUCUUUCCCAUAACUCUCUGGAACCACUUAUGUUUGGGAAAGACCUUAAAAGCGUACCAGUUUUGUAAAAGGUGUUUUAAUUCAGUGGGGAAAUUGAUUGUAUUUGUAUUUUAUGAUGCGUGGCAUAUGUAAUUUCAUUUUUGUUUUUCUUCAAUGGGAGGGAAAAAUGAUGCACAUUAUGUGAGACUGAAUUAAUUCAGGAUAAGCCCAUUAUUUAUUGUGACUUGUAUCCCACGGUAGAUUUUAAAAGGUGGUUUCUUCACCAGCUGGCGGUCUUGUGAGUGCUCUGUUUUGUGUUGUAUUUCACAAGACAUAUGUUGGCUACAUGUUUGUACAUAUUGUAUUAAACAAUGUGAAUGUUCGAAAUAGUUAUGAAUUGUGUUGAAGUACUGCAAAUAGCAAUUAAUUUAACCUUUUGUUUUAAAUUCCCUUUUUUUGAAUGUUCUCCUUACACCUUAAUAACAAAUCAACUCGGGGAAAGCUACAGUUUCUAAUGUGUAAAUAUGUACAAAUGUUCAUAAAAUUGUGGACUUAAUUGCUGUAUUUAUAAAAAAAAAUGUUUAUUUUCUCAUGCUGAAUGAGAAGUAAAAAAAACGGUGCUGAUGUACAAAACUGUGGUGUGUUUUGAGCUAGAAGUACAGCUUGGCCAUGGCCUGAAGAAACUUCUUCUUUCUCUUCUGAGCGGCGAGCUGGAGCACGUCCUCUGGGUUACUGGCAUUCAGUUCCGACUGGCCGAUCGCUUUGAUCUGUUGGGAAAACAAACGCAUAGUUCUCAUUGCUCUGUGUACACAAGACUUUGUGACUGUAAUCCUUUGCGUUAAGAUGGACUGAAAAGUCCCAUUUCAAACACUGAAGAUGACGCGUUCAUGUUGUACCCUAGAAUAUGCUAAAUAAAAUGAUACAGUACACAUUUUUAAAGGUGUUAACUACAUGGUAGUUCAUAUUAGGAUCCCAGAAGACCGACGUUUCAGUCGUCAAUGAUAAGUUGUUUGUUUUUGUUUACAAUUUGAGGUAGUGUGGCGGUAAACACGACUGUCAAAACAGGGUACUGGUAGAGUUCAGUCUCACGGGGGCCGUGAGAUACAUGUUGCAUUUGGGGAGACUACACUACCCAGAAUCCUUUUUAAAAUGAUCAAUAUAAUAAAAAAGGUGUACUUGUACUUACA